AGAACCACAGAGAGACAGAAAGAGAAGCGACAGACGGCAGGGGCGGCAGCCGGAGGAAGAGUCACAGUGAAAGAAUCAGUAAGGCAACCGUCUGAGAACGACAGAUCCAGAGACAGAAAAAAGAGAGGAAGACGGAGUCAGAGCUCAACCCCUUCCUGAUCUAUGAAAGAAGCCAUGCCAGUCCUCUCUGCAGGAGCAGGGUUGCAUGAGACGCUUGCCCUGCUGACCUCACAGCUGCGUCCAGAUGCCAAUCACAAAGAGGACAUGGUCUUCCUCAAGGAUGUCUUCAGUGAGAGGAGUCUCAGCUACCUGAUGAAGAUCCAUGAGAAGUUGCGUCAGUAUGAAAGGCAGAGCCCCACCCCAGUUCUUCACAGUGCCUCCACUCUGGCAGAAGAUGUGGCAGAGGAGCUGCAAAGCGGACCAAUGAGUGCUGAGGAAAAAGAGCUGCUACAUUUGCUGACAUCACCACAUCUCCAGGCGGUUUUGUCAGUGCACGACACGGUGGCGCAGAAGAACUUUGACCCAGUGCUGCCUCCUCUGCCCGAUGACUUUGAGGAUGAGCUAGACGAGGAGUCUGUCAAGAUUGUCCGCCUAGUCAAAAACAAAGAGCCACUGGGUGCCACUAUUCGGCGGGAUGAGUCCACAGGGGCUGUGAUUGUGGCUCGGAUCAUGAAAGGAGGGGCUGCAGACAGGAGUGGUCUGGUGCAUGUCGGGGAUGAACUGAGAGAGGUCAACGGCAGCUCUGUAAUGCACAAGAGACCAGAUGAGAUCAGUCAACUGCUGUCUCAGUCACAAGGCUCUAUCACACUGAAGAUCAUCCCAGCAAUCCGAGAGGAGGACAAGCUGAAAGAGAGCAAGGUCUACAUGCGGGCGCUGUUUGAUUACACUCCAUUGGAGGACAAAGCUACACCGUGUCAGGAGGCAGGGCUUCCGUUUAAACGAGGAGACAUCCUGCAGGUGGUCAGUCAGGAUGAUCAGACGUGGUGGCAGGCCAAGAGAGUGGCAGACUGCAACCUGCGUGCAGGACUCGUCCCAUCCAAACAAUUUCAGGAGAGGCGGUUAGCCUACAGAAUAAAAAUGGGCUCUCUUCAAAGCUCCAAGUCUCCAAAAAAAGCUGUCUAUGACCAGGAAUGUGAUAAAGAAGACUGUGACUGUGAGGGCUAUUUCAAUGGACAGUACAUAGGUGAGAACCUGCAUGCCAUUGCCCAUUCCUGUACCCAGUGCCUGCUAACUCUAACCUUCUGCCUGAGUGAGCUUCUAUUGCUGCCUUCCUCUGUGCCAAGAGCUAUGGCCGAGCCCUUGAUGAGGGGAGGCCGGAUUGGGGAGUUAUUUGGCAGCAUGAAGGGAAUUUUAGGUCAGUCAGAAUCUUUCACUGUGAGAAAACCAAUUUGCAGUGGUGCAUUGAUGCCUUUGGAAGAGAAAGUGGAACCUGUAAAUAAGCUACUAUAUAUGCAAUCACUUGAACUUGCUGCCUAUCUUUACACAGGUUCUCUGGGAGCACGUAUCAAUGAGCUGAAGCAAAAAGUGAUAGCAGAAAAUCCCCAUCGCUACGCUGUGGCUGUGCCCCACACCACACGGCCCAAAAAGAGCAACGAGAAGGAGGGAGUGGAGUACCACUUUGUGACUAAACAGGUGUUUGAUGCAGAUGCACAGAAUAACAAAUUUAUAGAGUAUGGAGAGUAUAAAGAGAAUCUGUAUGGGACCAGUAUAGAGGCCAUCCGCUCUGUUCAAGCCAAGAACAAGAUGUGUCUGGUAGAUGUACAGCCUGAGGCUCUGAAGGCCCUACGGACAGCUGAAUUUAAGCCUUACGUCAUUUUCGUAAAACCACGAAUCCCAGAGAGUCGCAGACGCCGCAGUGCCGCCACUUCGCCAGGAGGUGAACAUGGGCGAAUAACAGAGGAGGACCUGCAGGAAAUGCGUCUGUCGGCGCAGCAGACAGAUCAACAGUACGGUCACCUAGUGGAUCGGGUCCUGAUUAAAGAGGACACUGCCUGCGCAGAGCUACGUAGCAUCCUGGAGAGACUGGAGCGGGAGACCUUCUGGGUUCCUGUGAGCUGGGCCAAAGCCUAGGACCUCAGCUUCAUUUCAGAAUGUUGACCUACAUUUCCUCCGAUAGCUUCUUUUCUUCCGGUUGGACUGCACUGGGCUUGGCUUCUUUAAACGGUCCACCAUCUUUAAGAGGAGGCAUAAAGAGACUAAAUAUGACACUUGAAGGGUGUCUGUCUUAUUACAGAUUUUGUUUUCAGGCUGAGACAUGCAGGCACAUAAGCACUUAUUUUGGCAUGAAUGAUCUCAUUUAUUUUUAAAAGACAUUAGGUAUUUAUUAUUUGGCUUAUUUCAUGACAUUUGUUUUUUUGAUACUUUGUGGCUUCCUUUCAGGUUAUUUAAAGAGUUUCAAUAGACUGUUCACUAAAGCAAUACUUCCGGUGUCAGAUUAUAUUAUCAGAAAGGCAUUGACCUUUGGUAUUAAAAGGCUGUGGAAAGUGGUUACCAUAGCAACAGCAUUGUUCUUCCUGAAUUGCACAUCUGGCCAGAGAAAGUGGGAAAUUUGCAGGUUGGACUGUACAUUUUUCAACAAUGCACAUCAAGCUGUUCCCACGCACACCCAUGCAGAGACUCGUUUAGCAACCGUAACGACUUCAGUUUGAGGUUAUUUGAAGUUUUAAUUUCAUCAAGUGCUGCCUGUCGGACUUUGUUGUGUAAUUUAAUCACAGAAAUCAAGUUAUUUUUGAAGAGCACGAUUGAGCAACGUUUUCACAGGAAAAUAUUAAACUCCUGCUGUGCCAACGACUGUCUCAAUGCACCAAGCUUUUCCUCUCAAAGAGGUUCUUCAUUCGGAGGGUUACAAAAUACCAUGCCAAAGCACUUGAGCUUCACAAUAUAUAUGUAAAUAUGUAACUAAGCUUCCUGGAGUUUAGGUUUGUUGGGUGUAGAUGAACUGAGACAGUGUUGAGUUGAGACAGUAACACCCAGGUCCCUUAUUUUUUGGUUGUAUAGAUCUAUGCGACAGUUCGGAGUGCAUAUGUUACAUCUGCAUCAUGAGCUCAUGCAUCCUUUGCCAUUUAACUUUCACAUUUCACAUCUCUCUAGAACUUUCUACCAUUUCCCAACAUAUCAUACAAAUCCUCUUGAUCCUACCUCACCUUGGGUUUGAACUGAAAUCUGUCGCCUUUGUUGUAAGCUGCAAUUCUUCAGUGUAAAUUCGUAAUUGUAUGUCAUGUACUGAUUGCAAAUAAAUAUC